AUGAUACCCGGUCAAGACCCCACUCCUGACAAUAUACCAGAAAUUAGGAAAACAGCUAUCAUCGAUAGAGAACUGUUAAGACUCCGGGUUGACAUAGCUGGACUCCAGGAAACUCGCCUCUCUGACGAAGGAAGCCUACGAGAAGAAAAUUACACCUUUUUCUGGAAGGGGAGACACGAGAGCCAGCGCCGCGACUAUGGUGUUGGUUUUGCUGUGCACAAUAAACUUCUUGCCUGCAUGGAACCCCCUGCUUACACUUCGGAACGUCUGAUGUCCAUGCGAUUGAUUACCUCAACUGGUCCGGUCACGUUGGUUUCUGCGUAUGCUCCGACACUGGCUUCCAAAUCUGACGUCAUAGACAGCUUUUAUGAUGAACUACGUCUAUUAAUGGAGUCUAUACGAAGUUCGGACAAAAUAAUUGUGCUCGGUGAUUUCAACGCUAGAAUUGGGAGCAAUUCAACAGAUUGGUCUGAUUGCAUUGGAGCACACGGCAUCGGGAAUAUGAAUGAUAACGGGCAACGUCUGCUCGAGUUCUGCACCUCCCAUGGCCUGUGCGUCACUAACACAUUUUUCCAAAAUAAGGUAGCUCAUAAGGUUUCAUGGAGACAUCCCAGAUCGGGGCAUUGGCACCAAAUUGAUUUCGUCCUAUACAGAAGGCGUGACUUGCGUGAUAUUCACAACACUCGAACGUAUCACAGUGCAAUAUGCGACACUGAUCAUUCUUUGGUGCUGUCCAAAAUGAAACUUCUGCCUCAGAAAAUAUACUCGGCAAGACCAAGACGCAAAUUAAGAGCCCCACUUGAUAUUACAGGCUUAUCUGAUGUAGUGACUAGGAGCCAGUUUUCCGCAGUUGUUCAGGGUAAGCUGAGCGUUGAAACGCUACAAGGCUCCCAAAGUCUUGAAUCCGCUUGGACGAACUUUAGAGAUACAGUCAUGAAGACAGCUGAAGAGACUCUCGGGAGAAAGGUCCGCAAACAAACAGAUUGGUUUGCCGAAUAUGAGCAAGUCUUACACCCCCUUAUAGAGGAGAAAAGAAGUGCAUACACAGAUUACCUGAAUAACCCAUCUGACGCACACUGCGAAAUCAGGUAUAAAAGUGCAAAAGCAAAUUUACAACGCAUUUCUCGUGAGUGUGCGAACUCCUACUGGACAAAAUUAUGCAUGAAAAUCCAACAAUGCCAUGACGUAGGAAACUAUAGGGGGAUGUAUCAAAAUAUCAAGGUAGCAAUCGGCCCCACCAUCAGAAAGCGUGCUGCCAUAAAGGACCUAAAUGGCGAACCAAUCACGGACAAAAACCAACAGUUGGAAAGAUGGGCACAACAUUAUACCGAUCUGUACGCUGAACCUAUCUCAAUCAGCGCUUCGGCUCUAGAAUCCCUUGAAGUCUUCCCAGUAGCACUUGAUCUAGAUGAAAAGCCUUCGUUUGAAGAGCUACAUAAGGCUAUCUUGGGUUUAAAAUUAGGGAAAAGCGUCGGACGUGAUGAGAUACCAGCAGAACUUCUUCGUACUGGUUAUGUGUCUUCGCUACUCUUUGUGUUGAUUCUGCGCUGCUGGGAUGAGAAAGCAAUACCCAAAGAUAUGAGAGACGCCAAUAUUGUUACAUUGUACAAAGGAAAGGGAGACAGGGGGGACUGCAACAAUUAUAGAGGAAUAUCACUCCUGAGCAACGCUGGCAAGGCCUUCGCAAAAGUGGUUCUGAAAAGGCUAGAAUCACUUGCUGAUCGUGUAUACCCAGAAACACAAUGCGGUUUUAGAGCUGGCAGAUCUACAACGGACAUGAUAUUCACCUUACGACAGCAUUCGUUGACCUACAGAAGGCCUUUGAUACGGUCAGUCGCGAAGGGCUCUACCGUGUACUUGAACACAUUGGCUGUCCACCUACUCUCUUAG